AUGGAUCUACCCGGAAUCAAAGUUGUUCCAAGAUACAGUGCUAAAGAGUGGGUUUCUGCAGGGGAACCUGAUAAAGACCAAUAUGAUGUUCGGCGUAGGGGCUGGUACAUCCAGGCGACAAGCUCUCCAAAGGAUGUCAUGAUCCUUAUUGACUCGAGCGGAAGCACAUUUGGAAUGACUCUGAAGAUCAUCAAGGUCUCUGUUUCAAAGGCACUGGACACCCUUGGAAAUGAUGACUUUGUCAACGUAGCAUGGUUUAGUAAAGAUGUCCAGAAUGUAAGCUGCUUCAAUACCUUUGUUCAAGCUAACCUUAGGAACAAGAAGGAAUUGAACAACAAAGUACAGACUGAAGUUAGAGCAGGUGGGAUUGCUGAUUUUGCAAAUGCUCUGAACUACGCUUUUAAUGAAUUUGAAAAGUUCAACAGGACAGAGAGGCUCGGUGGUGAGGGAAAUAAUCAGGGCGCAGACUGUAUCAGAGUGAUCAUGAUCUUUACUGAUGGUGGAACGUCCUCUGAGGAGGCCAUAUUUGAGGCUCGAAACAGAAAUCCAUUCAAGGCUCGAGUUUUUGUGUACAAAGUGGGUGCUGAUUCUAUGGUGUCUUCCGAUGGUAUCAGAGACAUGGCCUGUACAAACAAAGGUUACUUCAGCACAAUCCAGUCAUUUGGAGCUGUGAGACUCACUACUUUGGAUUAUGUGCCAGUGGUCAGCAGGCCGAUGGUCCUAAGUGGUCACAAGAACUUCCAGUGGUCAGAUAUAUACUUGGAUGCCCUGGGUCUUGGAAUGAUGACUACAUUGACCUUACCUGUUUACAACACAUCAACUUAUACUGAUCCUGGAUCUAAUGAAACUCGAAAGAGUCAGCAGUUGCUUGGUGUUGUGGGGACUGAUAUCACUACCAAGAACAUGGCCGAUACAGUUCCUAUGAACAAGCCUGAGUAUAAUUCUUCAUUCAGUCAAUCUAUUGGACCUCAGGCCUAUGUGUUCGGUGUCAACAGUAAUGGCUAUAUUUUAUUACAUCCCAGAUUGAAAGCAGAGGAACUGAUCGAAUCAAUUCUCGAGUUGAACUAUUUGUCUGAUCCGCCAAAUGUCGACUUCUUGGAAGUAGAGUACGAGACGGAAGAAAAGAAAGUGUUGCGGAGAGACAUGAUCGACAGGAAAUCAGGCACUGUUGAGCUGGAGACGCCAAUCAUGUCCAGAGAUGAGAGAUAUUUGGAAUAUGUGAACAUGACCUAUUCUUAUACAUUCAUUGACAACACAACGUUCAGUGUCGCAAUUGCUCAGCCCAGCUUCGACCUGUAUCAACUCACACCUCCCGAAAAUAUGAAUCUGGUUAUGGAGCUGACUAACAUCAUGGAUAGAAGUGAUAUACUCAUUGCUCCUUGGGAAUUUUGUGAGCAGUUUGUUGGAAUGGAUCCUGCUAACAUUUCAACAGAAGAUAUCAAAUCAGCUAUCCAGGAUACUAUUAAGAAUAACAGUAUAGGACUCGGAAGUGGUGGAGUUAUUGUACUACAAAAAUGCAAUGAUGAGAUGGUGAGAAAACUCCUUGUGGAUGCAGAAGUAACAAGUAAUUUAUCCUCCUACUGGGAAACAAAGACUGAUGAUAUGGAAGAUAACGGCAUCAUUUUUGUCUUGGCUGCUACUCAGGGUGGUCUCAUAAAAGUUUUUCCUAAAAGCACCAUAUCAAUGUGGAGUGCAGACGAAAUCCAAAGAAUGCAAGACCCAUGGGAACAGAGUUAUUAUCAACGCAGUCUGUACACAGAUAGAUAUGUCUUUUCUGUUCCAUACAAUGAUGGUGAAGGACCUCUCGGUAGUUUAACAGAGUUCCGUUCAAACAUCACCAUCAGCAAAUCAGUGCCUCUUGAUAACCAAGCAGUUCCUGCAGUUGUCAUGGUCAUGAUGGAUCCAGCUUUUUUCAAUGAUUCUUGGGAUCAGACCUCGAAGGGUUUCAACGAUCAUACAUUGGAAUACUCCUGUGCAAACAUGGAGCUGAAAUGUUAUCUUCUUGACGAUGGUGGUUUUAUCAUAGCUACGAACCAGAUAUUUGAACAAGAUGAGGUUGGGCGUUUCUAUGGAGAAAUUGAUGGCAACAUCAUGGUUGAAAUGACAAAUUAUGGAAUCUAUGAUCGCAAGCAGAUGUUUGACUACCAAGCGGCUUGUGAGAGGGUUCCACCAAGUGACAGUGCAGGCAUUAAAUCUUGGUUUGUGCCAACUUUUUAUGAUGUAUUCAAUUUCCAAAUAUGGGCUGCAAAUGCAUUGUGGACUUUUAUUCAUCAAACCUUUAUGGAUUUUCUACUAUUUGGAUGGACAGAUGUUUCAAUGAUCCAUGCUGCUGAGACUACAGAAUCCCUCGGCAACGUAAGCUGUAUCAAACUGAUAAACAACUACUACUUUGGCCAAAACCUGAGUGGAAAUGGUGCCAAGGAAUGUGUCAACUGCAGCAGGAGUUGGGCUGCUAGUCGAGUUGGUGGUACCAAUCUAGUGAUGCUUGUGACAGAGAGUGACCUUGAUUGUGAUACUUGCCCCUUGUCUGUGGUCAGACAAUCGCCACAGGAGCUUGGUCCAGAAGAUGCCCCUAGCCCUUGUGAUGAGACGCCAAGAUACAGAAGGAGACCUAGUGAAAAUUGUUACGCAUUUAGUGAAGCUGAAAAUACAACCAUUUGCAGAGGUGUGGUAUCACUAGCAUCGCCAUGGUUACUUCUAAUUUUACACAUAUUCUACCUUGGAAUUGUAAGGUUUAUUAGUGCGUAAUGGUGGUCAACGAUUCCUGUUUUCUAAUUUCUAGGUAUUAUUUCAUGAUGAUAUUAUAUAAGAAUAUUACUUCAUGUUUUUAUUGAAUUAUUAUAUGUUGUUUCUUUUCAUUAGGUAUCGUUUAUGUAAUGUUUAAAUGUGGACACUGAAAGUAUGUUUAUACUAAAUUAUCUUUGUGAUGUGCUGAUAUUAUUUUACCUGUCAAACAGCACUGAUUUUACUUAUCAUGGCAUUAUAAGCAAUUGUAAUUGACAAAUUUAAUCAACUCUUGCUAAUAAGAUAUCCAUCUGUAAUUGUAAAAAAGUGCUUUUAGACUACAUAAAAGUAAUCAUGGUUCAAAGAAAAUUACUCAAAUCAUUUGACACUGUAUCAUACACUUGAUGAAAUGUACUUUAGUUUCGUGAAAAUCAUGGAAUUUUGAGUAUUUUUCAUGGAUUAAGGUAUGAAAUAUAGAUGGCUAUAUAAAUAGCAAUCAUGAAUUCAAAUUCAUUUAUUCAAAUCAUUUCUGCCACUCGAACUAUCCCAUCAUGAAGGAUUUAAUUUAUGUAGUAUGAUAUACAUGUUCAAAUUUUAUCUUAUGGACUAUGAAUUUUAUAAAAUGUCAAAUUGGUGAAAAAUUAUGUUUUGAAUCUUGAACUAUGGGUACACUCAAGUGAAUUAUAUGUAAGAACUGUUUGAAUAUUGUAUAUAAUUUUUUAUACUUGAUGAUGUAAUAUAUCAAGUGUCUAUUAUUAGAUUAUAGUUAUUUGUAUGCAAUGCCCAACAACUUAUUUGUCUAUUUUUUUCAUUCUCUCUCUCUCUCUCUUUCCUUUUCUCACUUUUUUCACCUUUUCUCUCUCCCUCUCUUCCUCCCUCUCCCUCUCCAUUUCUAUCUCUCUUUCUUUUAGUCUCUCUCUCCUAUAUCUCCUUUUCCUUCUCUCUAUCGAUCAAUGAAUCCUAUCUUUCCUGCUAC